AAGCAUGUGAUCCUUCAGUCCCGGUAGGUGUGGAAGCAUAUGUUACUAUGGAAGGAGCAGGACAAAUUGAUGCUAAUUUGAACGGGGAUUUAUGCUCUAAACCCUUAUUAGACACUCCGAUCCCACUUGUUGCACAAGAUGAAAAUGCUGGAACAACUACACAUAACCCUGACCCAACCCCCAAGAAGAAGAAGAAGAAGAGUGUGCAAGGUGAACAAGCAUGUGAUCCUUCAAUCCCGGUAGGUGUGGAAGCAGAUGUUACUAAGGAAGGAGCAGGACAAAUUGAUGCUAAUUUGAAUGGGGAUUUAUGCUCUAAACCCUUAUUAGACACUCCGAUCCCAGUUGUUGCACAAGAUGAAAAUGUUGGAACAACUUCACAGAACCCUAACUCAACCCCCAAGAAGAAGAAGAAGAAGAGUGUGCAAGGUUCACAAGCAUGUGAUCCUUCAAUCCUAAUAGGUGUGGAACCCAACAUUAUGAAGGAAGAAGGAGCACAACCAAGUGAUGCUGAUUUAAAUGGGGAUUUAUGCUCUAAAGCCUUAUUAGACACACCAAUCCCAAUUGUACAGCAAGACGAAAAUGCUGAAAGAACUGCACAGAAUGUUAACCCAACCUUUCAGAAAAAGAAGAAGAACAUGCCAGGUGCACAACAACUUCAGACAUGUAACCAACCAGAUGUACCUGAUCCAAAGCCCAUUGAAGACACUCCCAGGAAAAAGACGAGGAAAAAGAAGAAUGUGCUUGAGUUUAAAGGGGCUGAACCAGUGGAGUCCAAUAAUAUUGAGAACCCAGAACUAAGCUCCCUAGUCCCAGACCUGGAAAAUAAGAUGAAAGAAGGGGCAGAAGAUGACGCUGAGCAAUCUCGAGUGUGUCCUAAUCCUGAAUUGGCACCCCCAUCCGACAUAGCAAUUCCUAGUGACUUAAAACUCAAAAAAACGGCACAAUCUAUUGAAGCUAAUGUAGAGCAUCCUCUAGCAGGUUCCAAACCUGAAUUGGCAUCCCCAACACGCCUGCCAGUGCCAAUGAACCUUGAAAAGAAAAAAGAGCCAGAAUCAAGUGAAGCACAUGCACAACAUCCUCAACCUCAACCUUGCUCUAAAUAUGUACCUGUGGUCUCAGGAAUAAAUGAAGAAUGUCCUGUCCCGGAUGCAACAACCCCAGAAGACACUCCCCAGAUAAAGAAGUCUAGGAAAAAGAAGAAUGUGCUUAAGCCUCUAGGGGCCGAACCAGAACCAGAAUCAAAGGAGGCCAACAAUACAGAGAACCUUCAACAAUGCCCCCCAGACUCGGAACCGAAAAUUAAGAUGAAGAAAGAGUCAGAAGCCAAUGCUGAGAACUUUCCAGUCUGCCCCAAACCUGAAUUGGCACCUAUGUUAGGCAUACCAUUCCCAAAUGACUCAGACGUGAAAAAAGGGGCAGAACCAACUGAAGCUAGGCUAGAGCAUCCUCAAGUGUGUUCGGAACCUAAACUAGUACCCCCAACAGACCUGCCAACUCCAAUUAACCCAGAAAAGAAAAAAGUGGUGGAGCCAAGUAAAGUAUUUGCUCAACCUCAACCUUGCUCUACACCUAGUGCAGAGCCUCUGGAUGAUCCAACAACUCCAGUUGACCAGAGCCGAAGAAAACAAAAAAGUAAGAGAGGAAGAGUUAAAAUAAUGUGCUCAGAAGAGAAGGUGGAGAACCAAGGAAGCCCAUUGCAUGUGGACAUAGCCCUCAACCAGGCACCAAACCAGGUCCAACAAAACCCAGCAACCCCAAUAUGCCUACAACCAGCAUUCCUGACAGACCAAACAAUCCCAGUGGAUCCAGCAAAUCCAAUAGACACCGAUCAGAAGAUGAAGAAGAAAAAGAGGAAGAAGCAAAAGGAGGGGGAAGAACCUAAUAACAGUAAACACGAUACAGAACAGCCAGAAUCCCCAAUUCAGACAGCUACAUGCCUUAUAGCAACACCCUCAAUACACCCAGCAAUUCCAAUGGACCCUUGCCCUGUAAUCCCAAUUUGCCCAGCAAUCUCAACAGACCCAGUACAGGAUAUGUCAAAGAAAAAAAUGAAGAAGAAAAAGAAUAGUGCGCUAGAAAUUGAAGGGGCAGAACCCAUCGAACAGAAUGACAAGCUGCUUGAAGCCCCACCUGAGGCCGCUGUUCAGAAAUCUAUAUACCCAAUAGCAGCAACCUCAAUUGACCCCCCAAUCAUCCCAAUUGGCACAGCUCCCCCUGUAGACACAGAAAUCUCAUUAGACCUAGGUCAGAAGAUGACUGAGAAAAAGAGGAAGAAGAAAAAGAGGAGUGAGCUCACAAGUGUAGGAGCAGAACCCAAUGAACCCAUUGGCAUGCCACCUGAAACCCCAGUUCAAGAUUCUGUAUAUCCUAUAGUAGCACCCUCAAUUGACCCAAUUAUCUCAGUUUCAGCUCCCCCAGAAGACACAGCAAACCCAAUAGACCAAGGUCAGAAGACAAGCAAGAAAAAGAGGAAGAGGAGCGACCUUAUAAGGGAAGGGGCAGAACUCAAUAAACAUGAUGCUGAGCCACCUGGAACCCCAGUUCAGAGAUCUUUAUAUCCUAUAGCAGCACCCUCAAUAGACACAACAAUUCCAACUAGCCAAGCAUCGCCAGUUGACCCAGAACAGAUGACCAAGAAAAAGAAGAAAAGGAAGAGUGCACUAAAAAAUGAAGGGUUAGAAUCUGAGAAACACAAUGCUGAUCCAAGCACAGAAACCUCAGUUCAAAAAACUGAAGACUCAACACCCUCAGUAGACCCAACAAUUUCAACUAGCCAAUCAACCCCAUUAGACCCAGAACAGAUGACCAAGAAAAAGAAGAAAAGGAAGAGUUCACUACAAAAUGAAGUGUUAGAAUCUGAGAAACAUAAUGCUAAUCCAACCACAGAAACCCCAGUUCAGAAAACUGAAGAUCCAGCACCCUCAAUAGAACCAACAAUUCCAACUAGCCAAGCAACCCCAGUAGACCUAGAACUCAUGACCAAGAAAAAGAAGAUAAGGAAGAAUGCACUAAAAAAUGAAGGGUUAGAAUCUGAGGAACACAAUGCUGAUCCAAGCACAGAAACCUCAGUUCAAAAAACUGAAGACUCAGCACCCUUAGUAGACCCAACAAUUUCAACUAACCAAUCAACCCCAUUAGACCCAGAACAGAUGACCAAGAAAAAGAAGAAAUCGAAGAGUUCACUAAAAAAUGAAGGGUUAGAAUCUAAGAAACACAAUGCGAAUCCAACCACUGAAACCCCAGUUCAGAAAACUGAAGACCCAGCACCCUCAAUAGACCCAAAAAUUCCAACUAGCCGAGCAACCCCAGUACAAGCCCGUGUUCGGAAAACUGGAGGACCCACUACUGAAAAUUCUAAGAGAUGCCAGGCAUGCCGACAGCUGGGUCACAAAUUCCAACAAUGCCCCAGACUGAGAAAUCUAUCCAAUAAUGAGGAAAUUUGCUUCUUUUGUGGGGAAAUUGGACAUUCACUUGGAAAAUGCCAUGCGGCUCGAGCAGAGCGAGCAAUGUUUGCUAAUUGCUUAUUCUGUCAUGAAGAUAGACACUUCAGCUAUAACUGCCCUCGAAAUGGUCAUGGAAUUGAUCAGAAGGUGGUUGCAGCCGAUGGGGUUAUCAACAGAACAGCAGUGGAUGGAAGCUAGAGAAGAACCUCUUGCCGAGGUUUAAUAUGGGGGCUGGGAUGGUCUUUCGGAUGAUUCCCAAGUCAAUUGCACACGCAUCUCGGUUCCUUGGCCUGAAGUUUUGACGAUUCUAUUUCAUGUCUGGUGGACAUGGUUUCCAAUUUUUUAUUUUAAAAUUCUCUGUAACUGAAAUGUUCUUUCGUAUACUUUUUUGUAUUACUUUUUUACAUUGGGUUUGCGUGCAAUGAUUUUAUUGUUAUCAUAAAUCAUAAAGAUUUGUGGUGAAUAAGUUAUAAGUUGACUGCGAGAAAUGGCUCCAAUAUUAUCUGAUAUGAACUUUUUGUU